CAUCCUCAUUGUAAAGACAUUAUGUCUAACCCGAUCAUAAAAACUGAACAGAACCUCAGACCUUUUCAUCUCUGCGUGAGAAUACGAAAUGUCCUCACAAAUCAGGACCCGACAGACAGACGCACACACACACACUGGAGCUAGCCGGACUGUUCUGUGAUUGGUGGGUUUGUUGGUGACGUCGUACGUCAUGUCCGUGCUCUGUGUCCGUCUGUCUCGCUCUUUCUCUGAGAUCUGAUCAGCAAAAAGCGGAUCGAUAAACAGAUUUGGAGUUCGGCCAUCGAAGCUCGUGCCGUUGUAGCAGGAACGUCGCGCUCUAUCUAAACUCACACACCGACUCCAUCUUCAUCUUUUUCAUCCUCGCCACCGCCACCACCACCACCAUGUCCGGGACCAAAGAGGAGGACCGCAAGAGCUCGAGUGAGUGGCGGGAUUUCUUCUGGAACCCGCGAACGCACGAGCUGCUGGGCCGAACCGCCACAAGCUGGGGUCUGAUCCUGCUCUUCUACCUUGUAUUCUACCUGUUCCUGGCUGGGAUGUUUGCUCUCACUAUGUACAUCCUGCUGCUGACACUGGACGACUACAAGCCCACCUGGCAGGACCAACUGGCCACCCCAGGGAUGAUGAUUCGUCCAAAGGGCGAUCAGCUGGAGAUUGUUUACUCUGUGUCAGACGCUCAGAGCUGGGACGGCUUCGUUCAGAACCUUAACAGCUUCCUGUCCCCUUAUAACGACAUCUACCAGGUUCAGACCAACGAUAACUGUCCUCCAGACCAGUACUUCAUCCAGGAGGACAGUGGAGAGGUGCGGAACAAUCCCAAGCGUUCCUGUCAGUUUAAUCGGACAAUGUUGGAGGAGUGUUCUGGGCUAUCUGACCAUUUUUAUGGUUAUAGUAGAGGUCAGCCCUGCAUCCUGAUCAAGAUGAACCGGGUGAUCGGGAUGUUACCAGGGAAGGACGGUCAGUCUCCUUAUGUCACCUGUGGAGCCAAGAGAUACAAAGUGGACAAAGAUGAAUGGCGGGAGGACAGCGAUAAGAUCGGACCUCUGGCCUAUUAUCCUCCCAACGGGACUUUCAACCUCAUGUACUACCCGUACUAUGGGAAGAAGGCUCAGGUGAACUACACUCAGCCUCUGGUGGCCGUGAGGUUCCUGAACGCGUCUCUAAACACGGACAUCAACAUUGAGUGUAAGAUCAACUCUAACACUCUGUCCACUGGCAGUGACAGAGACAAGUUUGCUGGACGCGUUGCCUUCAAACUACGGAUCAACGAGAAAUAGACACAACGCAUGCUGGUGAUGAUCAGAUUUGGAUAAAGUGGGUCCAGUCCAAACAUCCUUGUCCUUACAGCACCUGUGUCCAGCUUUUAGUUUGAUUUUAGUUUCACCUUUUUGGUUGUGUCAUGUUUUGUGUUUUAUUUUUUCUGUUUUUAACUUGAUCAUUGUCUUGAUGCCUCAGCUUUAAUCAAACACACUGACCCUGGAACGGACAGUGUGUUCCCCCUCUUUUAUCCUCUGAAAUCAGCACCUUCUGAUUUCAGAGGAUAAAAGAGGGGAACACAGAGCUGAUCGACCAUCAAUCUCUAUUUAUUCAAGUUAUUUAAUCAUUUAUAUAAUUAUUUAUUUAUAAUAACUAGUUUGUUUGGUUUCUGUAAACAUGACAUCAGGGACAAAUGUCUCUGAUUGGCUGUUCAAAAACCAGGUAAAAGGUUGAAACUAAUUUAUUGUUCAGUCCAGAAACAACGUAGCACAGAAAAAAGUGGAUCAGAACCUCCAGACCACACCAGACAGAAACCGAUACAAAAGUAAAACAUAGAACAACUGAGAGAUUCAGAACCAAUUUAGCGUUCAUAAACUGCAUCUGGUACACAGAGUUAUGGAAGAUGUGAUUUUGAAAUGGGUCAAUAAUGUUACUUGUUGACUGCUAAGAACUGUGUAAACACAACUGGUUCCAAAACAAGCACAGGAACUGGUGCACAUAAUAAAUGCUGUCACAAAUAGUGACCAGUUUAUCUGUUUAUAACUGAGAUCCAACAAGAGGGCAGGAACCCCUUUGAGACCAUCAGAGACAUCAGAUCCUAAACCCCUAAACCUAAACUAAUAGUCUGUUACCACAGAAGCAGCAGACUCUACAGCCAAUCAGAUGCCAGCUUCUAUAGUCAUGGUAACAGAGUUAUUAUCAUGUAGUCUGUAUUUUGUCUUUGUUGCGGCUGAUUAGCUUGUUAAUUAAAUAGAUGACCACUGGUGAUGAGUUUAUUAUUAGUUAGUGUUAGGUGAUGAAGGCCUGAGUGUUUUUUGUUUACAUUUACUAUCAUCAUUAUUAAAGACGUAACUAUGACAACCAUGAUACGUGACAUGCACAGACAUGUCUCCUCACCUGUCAGUCACUCUGUUGUGCCACGUGGAAACGCCCCUCCUUCACCGUUCCUUAAUAACCAGCUUAUCAGGUGGUCCCACGGUGUGAUGUCAUAGACUUUUACGUGUUUGUGAUUGGUUGACUCCUCCUGCCUGGAAAUUUUCUUGUAUGUAACAAAUGAUGAAAAAAUAAAGAAAUUGUACAUAAAUAA